AUGCCGAAGAACCAUUAUGUCACCAGGCUGCUUGUGCGCAAGUUCCACCACCAAGUGCUACAUCAGGGACGACUGUUGACGGAAGGUGCUCUUCGUUCUGGUGGAUUCUGGGUAGUCGGUGCCAAAAAUCUCAUUAGAUCAGAGAUCAAAUCCUGCGUCACAUGUCGCAAGUCGAGAGGAAGUUUCGGUUGGCAGAAGAUGGCAGAUCUACCUGAGGAUAGGAUACAGCCUGCUCCACCCUUUUCUUACGUAGGUGUGGAUACCUUUGGACCCUGGACAACCACGCAACGACGUACCAGAGGGGGAACUGUGAAUCAGAAGAGAUGGGCCUUGAUGUUUACAUGCCUUGUUUCACGAGUAGUUCAUUUGGAAGUCAUUGAACAGUUAUCCACAGCUUCAUUUAUCAACGCAUUACGCAGGUUCAUAGCCAUAAGAGGCCCUGUUAUACAGUUUCGAUCUGAUCGCGGGACAAACUUCAUUGGGGCAGUACAUGAACUAAAUAUUCCUUCGGAACUGGUGGAAAACCCAGCAUCAAAAAGGUAUCUCGAGGAGAACAAGAUCAAGUGGGUGUUCAAUCCUCCCCAUGCCUCCCACUUUGGUGGGGCAUAG